AUAUCCACCUUGCUCCUUAGCCACGCCCCCAAACACACGCGUUCACUCAGUUAAUCAGGUGAUGCGUGAGAACGAACUUUCAUGUGUCCUGUCCUGACUCGAUGCACUCGCGCACAUCUACGUUCACACGAUGAAGGAGGCAUUGGUUUGACUCUUUUUCACACGCAUUCAUAAUGGCUCUGUGCUAGAGGGAAACAACUGUAGGAUUUCGUUUGGGAGAGGAACGCUGAAACAAUCACAGACAGAUAUUCAGAUAUCCAAGACUGACCGAUUCCAGAAGGAUUUCAAGACGAUCUGUCACUUAGCAACCACAUCAAUGUGCAGCUUUCACACAAUCCCAUACACAAACAGGCAGCUGUUGCAGUGACUCAGUAUCAUGGAGGCUUGCAGCGGGACUGCAGCAGCGACACACGGCAGAGUUCCAACACCUCUGAGAGACGCAUGCAGUCAUGAUCCCUGUGAAGGGCCACACCCAGAGGAGGAUGAGGGGGAGGAAGACAGAAGCUUGCAGUCAGCAGAGACUGCAGGCUGGGAGGACGCCAUUGCUGUUAUGGCACGAGGAGCGCCGAUGGUCCCUGAACUGCCUGCCGAAUCUUCUCUGCGCUCAUGUGCCAGCACGGCCAGCAUGAAGGUCAAGAACGUCAAAAAAUUGUCCCUCACCAAAGGCCAUUUUCCCAGGCUGGCAGAAUGUGCCCACUUCCACUAUGAGAUUGUUGACUUUGGCUCUGUGCAGCUGUCUUUAUCUGAGGAUCAGAACCACCUCACACACAAUGGCCUGGACUCAAAGGAGUCCGUGUAUCUGGUCCAGAUCUGUUGCCAGGGUCGUAAGUGGAUAGUAAGGCGUUCAUACGAAGAGUUUCGUGUCCUUGACAAGCAUCUCCACCUCUGUAUCUAUGAUAGAAGAUUCUCUCAGCUACCUGAGCUGCCCCGUAUAGACAGCCUGAAGGACAAAGCUGAGACACUUUCCCAGAUGCUUACUGCAUACAUUUCCCGUCUUUCAGCCAUUGCUGAUAACAAGAUCAACUGCGGGCCAGCACUCACAUGGAUGGAGAUUGAUAACAAAGGGAAUCACCUGCUGGUUCACGAUGAAUCCUCUAUUAAUGUUCCCGCUGUAGCUGCGGCCCAUGUCAUAAAGCGCUACAUCGCCCAAGCAGCAGAUGAACUCUCUUUUGAGGUAGGAGACAUAGUAUCAGUGAUUGAUAUGCCACCUAAAGAAGACACUGGCUGGUGGAGGGGCAAACAUGGAUUUCAAGUGGGAUUCUUUCCUUCUGAAUGUGUGGAACUCAUUAGUGAGAAAAUCCCCUCAAAUGUGACCAACCCUUUGGCCAAACCAGUGUCUAAGAAGCAUGGAAAGCUGAUCACAUUUCUGCGCACGUUCAUGAAGUCGCGUCCCACCAAGCAGAAGCUGAAACAGCGAGGUAUCCUGAAAGAGAGAGUGUUCGGCUGUGACCUUGGAGAACAUUUGCUUAACUCGGGCCAUGAUGUUCCACAGGUCAUCAGAAGCUGCACUGAGUUCAUUGAGAGGCAUGGAGUCGUGGACGGAAUUUACCGCUUAUCUGGGAUUUCGUCUAACAUUCAGAAACUGAGGCAUGAGUUUGACUCGGAGCAUGUUCCAGAUCUCACUAAGGACAACUACGUCCAGGACAUUCAUUCAGUGGGAUCGCUGUGCAAACUCUACUUCCGGGAGCUGCCAAACCCACUGCUGACCUACCAGCUAUAUGAGAAAUUUUCAGAUGCUGUACCAGCAGCCACUGAUGAGGAGAGGCUGGUCAAAGUCCAUGACGUCAUACAGCAGCUGCCUCCACCACACUACAGGACUCUUGAGUUUCUCAUGAGACAUUUAUCACGUAUGGGAACUUACAGUGCUGUCACCAACAUGCACUGCAAAAACCUCGCAAUUGUCUGGGCUCCAAACCUUCUCAGGUCUAAACAGAUUGAGUCGGCAUGUUUCAGCGGCACCUCUGCUUUCUUGGAAGUUCGCGUUCAGUCGGUUGUUGUUGAGUUCAUCCUUAAUCACGUUGAUGUUCUGUUCAGUCCCAAACUCAGCACUCUGAUCCGCCACAGCACAGGCCACACGACUUUAGCUCGACCCAAGUCUCUACUGGUGAGCUCUCCAUCCACCAAGCUGCUUUCUCUAGAGGAAGCCCAGGCCCGAACUCAAGCCCAGCUCAUCUCUCCUGUGUCUCCGAACAGCAAGUAUAUUGAUGUGGGAGGGGGGCCUGCCGCCCUGCAGGGAAAGUUCCACACCGUCAUAGACUUCCCUUCUGAGAGGAAAAAGGGCUCAACCAAAGUGAAGAAGUCUCCUGUGGGAAACUGGUUUUCCUUCUUUAAUAUGGGAAAGUCCUCUGCUACUGCCAAGCCCAAACUGCACCGUCACCCCAGUGAGCCCAAUGAGAUGAAAACCACUCCCCUUCCAGGCGGAAGAGGAGACAAUGGAACACUACGAUCUGCUAAAAGUGAAGAAUCUCUGUCCUCUUCACAUAACGUUGAGGGUGGAUCACAUAUCUAUCGUCCACGUAGACCGCUCUCCACCAGUGAUGCUUUAUCAAUCUCCUUCAAUGAGGAGCUGCUGGACAGCAGAUUGACUGGAGACUCCCGGUCCAGUCUCAAAGACCACAAGAAGGACACCGUUUCCUCUUCCUCUUGUGUGCCAGCUCUAAUAUCUCCACCCCACCCUGCAGCAGAUUCUGAGUUUAUAGGCAUAGCCUCCUUAGACAUAGACCCAUUGGCCUUUCAGUCCACACAGCUGGUUGAUCCCACUCUAUCUGAAAGUAAGAAAAGAGGCAGUCGCAAGAAAGUGGGAGGCAGCCACACAGAGUCAAAGAAUUCUGACAAAGUCACAAGUCCCUCCCAGCCACCUGAUCUUAUCCCACUGCGCUCAGAAGAAGUGCCAGUCACCUCAAGUAAUCUGGAACUGGGCACCUCUAAGACUGGCCAUGAGAGCACCGCAAAGAGCUCAGUGGUAAAGAGUAGUACUGUGUCCUGUCCUUCUGACAUUAUGUCCCUUGUGAAAAAGCCCAAUGUGUCCACAAAAGGUGGUGAAGGCCAUCAGCGUUCUGCAAGCUUUUGCAAAGCAGAAAGUAGAUCCGCAGAUGUCAGGGAGCACAGAAGAGCAGACUCAGGUGCAGUGACAUUUGAAUGCACGCCUGGGUUAGUGAGGUCUGUGUCUCUCAUUACUCCCCAGCCUGCAGUAAAGAGUGCUGCUCGUAUGCUUGCUCUAGCGCUAGCUGAAUCUGCCCAACGGGCCACUCGACUCAGCAAACGUUGGAGCUCUGAACCUCCCACACCUGUUUCUCCCGUUCAUCAUCAGAACCCACUCUUCACACUUCAGUUUCCUCCUCCUCUACAGACAUCUGAUAGAGAGGAGCGGUAUGUGUCUAGCAGGACCUUCCCAGAUCCUUCAAGCACCAUGUCUACUGAGAGCCACACCGAUGCAGGCAGCCUACGCAGCACCUGCGCCUGCCAUGGCAGUGAGAGUGGACUCAGCUUUUCUGAUGGUUGUGAUGCACCAGCUGGUGGCCAGUGCACCCAUGUGCCCUGUCAGGAUUUCUCUCCUCACAGAGGUCCUGAGAUUCAGCGGGCUCCAGAGAGCCAGACAACUAUGAGAGAUAACAUCCGCCAUGUUGGAGUUGGUACAGAUGGAGGUGGAUCAAGCCUUGAUGAGGAGAUGGAGGUACAUGGAAGUUUACAGCCAACUCCUUCAGAGAGAUUCUCUUCUUUGGAUAGUCAUUCAGCCAUUGAAGCGCUGCACAACAAACAGGCUGCUAAUGCUGCCAACUUUCGAGCCAUAUUGGCAGAAACGUCCAUGCCUGCUUCAGUGCACGAAGUUCGUCCACAAGCUUCAAGUACUCCACCAAGUGUGGUGUAUCAGUACAAACCCAAAGACCAAAGGUCUGCUUACUCCCAACAGUGGUCGAGUCCAGUUGGGCAAAGCACCCCUUAUUAUCAGCCUGAUGAUGGGCGUCCCCAUCCCAGAGUUCUCUCAAGAAACUACUGCAAUACCCUUGCGCCACGAUCCCUGCACCAGUCCAUUAAAUAUAAGGGUCAACGGGAAGACUACUCCUCAGUCGGUCUCCAUAAACAUAGAGGACCAAGGUAUCCGCCAUUGGAUGGAGCCUCUGUCUACCCCACCAUCCGCAGGGUGCGUUCAAUGCACACUCCACCAGAGGACAAGUUUUUCUUCCUCCAGCGUCAAGGCAGCCAGAGCAAAGCUUACCAAAAACCACCACCAUCGGACAUCCAGCAAGUGCGACCCUACUUUGAAGAUGGGAAGGUUCAAUAUAGGUACAGCCCCUAUUCAGAGGCUCGAUACAAUCAACACAGAGAGAACAGUCAUGGAUACACUCUCUCUUACACGCUCAGCAAACUGCCCUCUCGUUCAUCAAAGGUGAUGGGUAGUACCGAGAACUACCACAAGCCUCUAUACAACCUCCCGGUGAACAUUGAGUCUGAUUUCAUGACCAGAGAUGUCGGUCUCCAGCCAAGAAUGAAGAACCCUUCACUCUACGAGGCUUUUAAUUCUGCUUUAUCUGAUCGACAUUUCAGUCAGUCCAUUAAGCAGGAAAAUGCAGCCAAAGAAAGGCUGUUGGGUCCAGUUGUGUCCCAGCCCCAUCUUGUAAGAGGCGACCGUCAGUGCCAAGAAACGAUGCACACUAGGAGUAGGUCAAACUCUGGGAAGGAGAUGCUGAUUUCAACUGAAGGGGCUGAUGGGAAGUACAGGGUGACCAUGGUGUCCCAUUACUCCCCAGAGCACCCACUUUCUGAGCCUGGUAUCCCUGUGCCCUCGAAGUCAGACGGGCAUGGCAGUGGGCAGGGAGCCAGAUCAGCUCUUAAAAUGAAGCAGAGUCGAUCCAUGCACAACUAUCCUCAACACAGGCUCGAGUCCAUGGCACUGCCACGCAACCUGACCCUACAUAAGGAAUACAGCUGCCCUGACUUCAAACAUACCAGGUCCAGCGAUAGUUUUGGUGUUGCAAACCGCAACCAGGACAGGCUGAUGUAUAAGACUCUCAGCAACUCUAAAGAAGACUACCAGUACAUUCGUACAAUAAGCAGGGACCCUCAGAGGUCUAAGAGAUCGCAGAGUGUUAAAACACGCCAUCAAGCUGGUCAAGCGAAAAUGACUCUGGAGCGGGACCACAGACUGUCGUCCUCUUCCCAAAGUAGGACAAGAACUCACAGUAUGUUUGUGCCAUCUCGCUCAGACUAUUCCGAAAGCUAUGUAUCCAUACAUCCGAAAGCCCCUAAGACCAGCCGAGCUAGUUCGGGUGUUUUCCCAAACUACGGCUGCAUGCCGCUUCAUAGUAACAGACUGUAUUCCACAGCUGUGGGCCACACAGGUUUUCAUCAGACAGAGCUCAGACCAGAGAUGCAGAUUUAUGCCGAAUGACAGAUUUUUAAUAAAUAAAUAAAUACCUAAAAUGAAUUAACCAGAAAUAUAUGACCUCUGCAGGGCAGUGGUUUUCUAUUGUUAAUCAGAUAAAAAUAAUCUUUAAAAAGAUUCAAAUGCUUUAUUUGUUCACUGAAGGGUGUCUUUCACUGUAUGCACUGCAUACUCUAUAUGUUACAGUAAAUUUGGAAAUUUCACUCAAAGAAUAUGAUAAUGGGUUAUUAUGGCUACUCUGAUUUGUUAAAGUGUGUUGUGUUGUCAUUUUGUUACUAGAGCUCAGAGUUUGCAAAAAGUACACAAAAUAUGAUGUGAGAAAAAUUAACAAAGGCUUUUAAAAUUUGUCAUAGGUGCAAUAUAUAGGAGCCACUGCCUUGUGUUUUUGGGUGAAGUUUUUUUGACGUAUUACCAUGACUGUGGAAUCAAAACAGUUAUAUGUCAGUGACAUAAGCAUAUAUGGGCUGACUUUUAAAGAGAACAACUAUAUAAGGUAAUAAUCUCCCCAGUCCCCCCGAAGUUUUUCCCUCUGCAUUUUUAAAUCUUGCACUUUAUAGUUGGUCUGUGUUUUAUGUAACAACGGGCACUUUAGACAUAUUUUCCUUUUUUUUUUCAUCAUGUUAACGGAGUCAAAGAUGUGGGUGAGCUUUCAUCUAAACCGUUCAUUUGAGCGGUAGUAAUCAUUACAUGGUUACAUAUGGGAUAUGCUGUUCUGAUCAACUGCUGUUUUAGUUUUUAACAAGUGUACUGUUCUCUAAUUUAGUUGAUUUUAUGCUAUUUUUAUGUUUACUUUGCUUCACUCUCAGUAAAGUUAUUUAUUCAAAAUCAAGACAUGUAGCCUACCCUUGUUGCACCUAAUAUAAUCAGUGCUUAGACCAUCAUGUUUUGUUUCUUUGACAAAAGCCUGCAAAUAAUUGCUGAAUUAUAAGCAUAUGAAGACAGAUUGCUUUCUUUUAUCGGCUAGACUACUGUUGUUCUAAGGUUUAUUGGGCAGUCUUUUUGUUAUACCAAACACUAGCACCCUGAAGCAUUUUA